GAAAUUUCCGGAAAAAAAGAGGAAUGAAAGAUAGAAAAGCUUAUGUGAUUUUCUUUUAGCUGAGAGAGAAACUAUAUUCUUCCGAAGCAACAAACCACAAAUUCUGAUUGUUUUGCUGGAGGGAAAAGGCACUUCAUGCCUUCUUAGCUAGGGUUUCAGAAUUUUCCACUCAUCCAAACAACUACGGAGCUGUGUUUUGCGGGAAGAAUAGAGCUUUGGGGUUUUCUUUGUUUUUUUCUAAAGCUUGCAGUUGCCAAACAGGCAUAAGUUUCCAUUCUCUUGGAACUUCGGAAACAGAGAGAGACAGAAAGGAGCAGGGAAGCAUGUCUUCUUCUUCAGCUACUGUAGCAGUGGAGAAGGCGACCAGCGAUCUUCUCAUGGGCCCUGACUGGACCAUGAAUAUCGAGAUAUGUGACUCUGUCAAUUCCAAUCGCUGGCAGCCAAAAGAUGUGGUCAAAGCCGUCAAGAAGAGAUUACAGCAUAAGAGCUCCAAAGUUCAAUUACUCUCUCUGACGCUUCUGGAGACUAUGGUGAAGAAUUGUGGUGAUUAUAUUCAUUUUCAAAUUGCUGAGAGGAAUAUACUGGAUGAGAUGAUCAAAAUUGUGAGGAAGAAGACAGACAUGCAAGUGAGGGAUAAGAUUUUAGUACUGCUAGACUCGUGGCAAGAGGCAUUUGGUGGGCCAGGUGGAAAGCAUCCUCACUACUAUUGGGCAUAUGAGGAAUUAAAGAGAUCUGGUGUAGUGUUCCCCAAGCGUUCUCCAGAUGCAGCUCCCAUAUUCACUCCUCCUCCUGCCCAUCUUGCUUUAAGACACAUGCAAGCUGGAUAUGGUAUGCCAAGCAAUUCUUCAAAGAGACUUGAUGAAACUAUGGCAACAGAGAUCGAAAGUUUAAGUUUGUCAAGCUUGGAGUCUAUGCGGCAUGUUAUGGAGCUUUUGAGCGACAUGCUACAGGCUGUGAACCCUAGUGAUCGAGCAGCUGUAAAAGAUGAGGUGAUUAUUGAUCUUGUUGACCGUUGCCGUACCAACCAGAAAAAAUUGAUGCAGAUGUUAACAACCACUGGGGAUGAGGAGCUUCUUGGGCGAGGCCUUGAAUUAAAUGAUGGUAUUCAGAGUUUGCUUGCAAAGCACGAUGCAAUAGCUUCUGGUGCCCCCCUUCCAUCCCAAUAUGCUAGUUCUAUUGCCCAGUCAAGUGAAGCUUGCUCUUCCAGUUUCAGUCCAACGGAAGAGAGGAGCUCCAUCCCUGGAGACGCUGAUUCAACACUUAAAGCCAACUCUUCUGUCCUAGUUCAUUCUGUAACAAAAGGCCAAAUUGAUGAGGAGGAGGAAGAAGAAGAUGAAUUCGCACAGCUAGCUCGAAGGCAUUCCAAGGCACAAUCUGUGCCUUCUAAAGAUGCUACAAAUGGAACGAAUGAAGUUUCAGCAACCUUGGAAACCAACAGCUCAACAUCAGAUCCCACAGCCUCUGUCCCAACCAAUGCAUUGGCAAUUGUAGAUCAGGCUACACCGGCUAGCACUACCAAAGAGCAGGACAUUAUCGACUUGCUGAGUAUCACUCUGUCCACCUCACCACCACCACCACCACCACCACCAUCAUCAUCUCCCCACAUGCCUCCUCCAUUGUCAGCCUCUAGCCAGCAAACUGAUACAUCUGUUCCAUCUAGUACACAAGGCUACCCCCAUGCUCCCCAGUAUCCUGGAAAUGUUCCCUUUAGCAAUUAUGUUGUUCCCUGGGCUCAACCUGAAUCUAAGUCAGAGUCUCAACCCCAAUCCCAGCAACAUAUUUACAGACCUCAGCCCUCCGCUCAACAACCACAUCCACAACAUGAGGCCCAACAAUUUCAGCCUCAGUCCUCACUCCAACCCCAGCAAUCACAGUUUCAGAAUCAACAUCUUAGAUAUCCUCAUCCUGAACCCCAACAGUUACAGCCCCAGCCCCAGCCCCAGCCCCAAGCUCGACCUCAAUUUCAAUCUCAAACUCAACCCCGGCCUCAUUUUCAAUCUCAAACUCAACCCCAACCAUCACAAAUGCUGCAACCUCAGCACCAGCUACAAUUGCAGAAUCAACAUGUUCAAUACCCCUCAUCGUACCCUCCUCCACCAUGGGCUGCUACGCCUGGUUACCCCAGCAGUCAAAAUCAUUUAUCUUCCCCUAAUAUGUUUUCAACUCCUCCAGCCAACACAUCAGCAUCUUACAGACCAGCACAAGGAAUCAGGGCCUUGCAAAAUAACAGUUCGUUUUCUUCUAAAGGAACCAGCGCGGCUCUGACUGGAGAUCUCGGGGGAAAUUCUGGUCUGGCAAAUAAUACUGGUGCUCCUGGACAAAAACCCUUUGUUCCAUCUUACAGAUUGUUUGAAGAUCUGAAUGUUUUUGGGAACACAGAUGGAAGGAUUAAGAUGACCGGCAGUGGCACAUCGUCUAGUUUGUCAGGGACAAUGGGCCCAGGUAUGGUUGGGGGGCGCAAGUAAGACAUUAAUUCUUGAUUGCGAGCAUGUGAUGUGAAUAUGGUGUAUAUCAGUAUUGGUAGCUUUUUCACGUUUGCAACAUGUAAGUUAUAUAGGAUGAAAAAGUGACACCUUUCUAUGUCUAAGAUGAUCAAAGAUACACUAGUCACAACCCAUCUUUGUGUAUUUAGUUGGAGUGCUGCCUCUCAGACGACAGUCUUGGAACAUUCUUUCACAUAUGAUUUAGUUUCUUGUGGUUUCUCUUUUUG